UAAACGAUAAGAAUUUAUAUAUUUACACUACUUUUGAUAGACUUUAAUAAGAUAUUUUGAUCUCCAUCAUUUUAUUUUUUUUUCUCAUGGAAAUCAAGGAAAUCAAAGCGAUCAAAGUAAAACCUCUAUAUUGUUUCCAGUAUUAGUGAAAAACAAUGACAACAGCCGGAAAGCCAAUCACAUGCCGAGCCGCAGUGGUAUGGGAGAUAGGAAAACCCUACUCCAUUGAAACAGUUGAAGUAGCAACUCCUAAGAAAGGAGAAGACUCCUAAGAAAGGGUAAAAAUGGCUUCAGCUGGUAUUUGUCAUUCAGAUCUUCACAUACAGAAUGGAAUUGCCAAAAAGUUUCCAUUUCCAACAAUUUUAGGACAUGAAGGUGCUGGAUUUAUAGAAAGUGUUGGAGAAGGUGUGGAACGUUUUAAGACAGGUGAUUUAAUUGUAUUUGCAUUUAUAUCUUAUUGCCGUGAGUGUGAUUGGUGCAUGAGUUCAAAGACCAAUGCUUGCAGAAAAACUCAGAAAACUGGUCUUCAAAUGGACGGGACGUCUCGCAUCUCAGCCAAAGGAAAAAUGCUCACUCAAAUAAAUUCUCUAGGAUUAUUUUCGGAAUAUACCGUCACAUCUGAAUAUAACGUCACAAAAGUUAAUCCUAGUGCUGAUCCCAAUAUGCUGUGUCUAGCAGGCUGUUGCCUUCCAACUGGUUAUGGGGCUGUCAUUAAUGCUGGAAAGGUGACCCCAGGAUCGACAUGUGCCGUUUGGGGUCUUGGAGGAGUUGGCAUGUGUGUAAUUAUGGGUUGCCGUGACAGUGGAGCCUCAAAAAUUAUUGGCGUCGACACUAAUCCAAAAAAAUUUGAAUUAGCUAAGCAAUUUGGUGCAACUGAUUUUGUGAACCCUAAAGAAGUAAAAAGUGUACCUGAAACUUUAGCUCAAAUGUGCAAAGAUGGAGUUGACUACUGUUUCGUCUCCGUUGGAAAUCUUUCGGCUAUGGAAGAAGCAUUUAAUUCUAGUCAUCCUCAUUGGGGAAAAACUGUUAUUAUCGGUUUGAAUGAUAUAGGAUCAAAAAUAAAAGUUGGAGUUUGGGAGUUACUAUAUGGCAGACAAAUACUCGGGACUUUUAAUGGAUCUUACACCGCUGUUAGAGACGUUCCUUAUCUUGUUGAAAAAGUAUUAGACGGAAAAAUACAGUUAGAAAAGUUAAUCUCUCAUCGUUUGCCUCUCCACCAAAUCAAUGAAGGCUUUGACUUAAUGAAGACUGGUGAAUCAUUAAGAGCAAUCAUCGAUUUUGACUUGAAGGUUUAAGUAGUGUGUCUUAAAUUGAGGUCUUCUUACUCGUAGAAAAGGAGUCUACCAAAAAAUAUUUCUGCAAUGGACUUUUAUUGCAAUAAUUUGUAAAGCAGUUCAAUUUCAUUUCAAAAUUUAGUGCUAUUUUUUUAAGCACAAAUGCUAUUCGAAACAAAAUGUGCAAACAUGUUUGAUGUGAUAAUAACACAUUAUAUAAUAAAUAACUUGUUUUAAAAUUGUUAUUGUUGCAUAUUGUUUU